CAGGCAGGAAGCGCAGAGCAGCGCGCGAGAGAGCAUAGCCCCAGCAGCAGCAGCAGAACAAGAAGUGCACGUUCACUCAGAAAAGACAAAAAAAGAGGAAGAAGAGGUUGAGGAGGAAGAGGAGAAAGCAAGUGUUGGAUGUAGCAGCUGUUUGCGGGUGUUUUGCGGGGAAUGUGCGGCUCUCUAACUUUGUGACUGAGACUCUCAUGGUGAGAGGAGGACGCAGAGGAUGGGAGUAACCUGGUCCUCCAGAUGUCUCGCUCUCUUUCUAGCUCUACACAUCGUCUCCGUGUUGCAGACGGUGCUGGUCAGUGCUGGUCAAUGUGACUCUGUGUUUAAAGGCUUCUCAGACUGUCUGCUGCAGUUGGGGGAGAACAUGGCCAGCUAUCCCCAGGACCUGGACGACAGGGAGAACCUGCACAAGAUUUGCAGUUACUGGGAUAACUUCCACUCCUGUGCCACGACAGCGCUGGCAGACUGCCAGGAGGGAGCGACGGACCUCUGGGAGAAACUGAAAAAGGAGUCCCGCAACCUGGAUUUCCGUGGGAGUUUGUUUGAACUCUGUGGCAGCGGCAACGGGGCCCCUAGAUCAGCUGACGCCAAGGGCCUCGCCAUGGUCCUAACCACGCUGCCCACCAUACUGACUUGGCUGGCGUUUUAACAGAAACAAGGAAAACAUAAAAUAAAACACAAAGUGAAAAGAAGAAAAAAAGGAAAAACACGUGAAAAAAGAAAAUAGAAAAAGAGUGAUAGUUACUCUCCGAUGCUGAAAAAAUACAACUCCGAGGACUGAGUUUGACUUCAUCACCAGAAAAAUACUCCCAAACUGGAUUUUUUCUACAUCACUGUAUGGCGGCCUGGUUUGCCUCCCUGGGACAUCUGCAGGCCGUCCUCCUGCAGCGCUCAUCCAAUCACACGCCGACCCGACCUGGAGGUCGAUAACAUCAAAUAUUCACUAGCCGUUGAGCUGAAAUGAUGACAAUGAUGAAAAUUUGAUGGAUCCUUGCCCGCUUACAAUCGUGGAAUUACACAGUAUUAAAGUCAACCAUGAAUUAUUGAUGUUUAGUAGGCUAGGCCUAGACAGCACUAUGUGACUGCAGGGUGCUGACACAGUAUCUGGCUAUAAAUUAGAGUUGCCAUAUAGCCUGAGGAACAUAUUCAUGUGCAACGCGAGGCCAAGCUUAAAGCCACAAAAUCAAUAAGACAAGCCGCGGCCUUGAGCGCAAGUUGCCACAUUGCCACCACAAACAUUUUUCCUUUUUAUCGCGCCAAGUUGACUGUGUUGAUCCCGGUAGGUUUGAUAGACUGAAUGCUUGACGGUGAUGUAAUAUUUGUGUACUUAUUGGCUGUUUGUUGUGUUCAGGCCACGGUCACACCAGCUUUUAGCACGGCAGCAUUUUGCACCAAGUUCAUUUAAUUUAAAGGAAGUCACCACUGCGCAAAAUUUCCACUGUACAUGUCAGACUUGAAAGGAUAAUUAUUAGCAUUGACCGAACGCAAAGCUCCAGUGAUGGUGUCGAGGUUUGACCCAUGCAGCAUGGCUUGCAGUCAAUCUUGGGAGUUGUGACGCAUAUUAUUAAAUUGACAUUUUACUUUGGUGGGUAUAUCUGGCUAGCUUGCUUUCAUUUUGAAAAUUGACCCUCCAUAAAGAAACCUGCUGGUCUCUGGUGUGAUCGUAGCCUUUUCCCUCACCAAGCUCUGAGGUGCAGGGAUGUAGUUGAGAGUGUAACGCCUGCUUUUCAUAAAAGAACAGUUUAAACUGAUGUCGAAUUGCAUGAAGUCGGAUCAGGCAGUCUCUAAACAUUUCAGGAAAUGAGCACAAAUUGCUGUAAUAGGGGCAAUUUUUGGUUCUAUUGGUUAUUCCUACAAGUCAAAAAGGUAAAUGGUUUUAAAGCAACGUAUUCCAGCCUGUUUUGUAACAGACGCAAAAAAAAAAAAACUAGUGUUUAUUGCAAAGCUUAAAGAAUAUUAAGCAGUUAAACCAGAUACAGAUAGAUAAAAUCAGUUCAGAGGAUAAAACAGACUAUGGUUAAGUUAGCUGCCCAAUGUGAUUGUUAAAUCGAUAAACUAUACUUGCUAACGUUAGCUAACAGCUCAGUUUAGCAUCCACCAUAGUGUACAAGGGGAAAGGCUAGCUAACAGUUCAGCUACACCAGAUAAAUUGAGGCUAGCUAAUCAGUUUAGCACCUUAACGGAUGAUAGCUAGCUCAAAGUUAAGUUUAGCAAGUAAACCAGUUAUUCUGGCUAGCUAAUAUCUAUGUUAAACAGCUUAACCAGUUCCUUUUUUCUGUGGCUAAGUUAAUGCUGUAACCCUCAGACUUAAUGUCUAAUCUUUCAAAAUAAAAGCAGGUUUGUAUCAAAAGCGGAAGUAGAGUAAUCUAAGCUUAAGACAGAACAAAAAUGCAAAAUAAUGGAAACAUGCGAUUAAAAUGUGAGCAAUCCCUAAGUAUUGAGUUUCAGUAUUUAAUUUGAUAAAAAAUGUAAAAUCGUUUAAGAUUGGUUAUUGUUGUUAUUUUCCUUAUGAUAACUAGUUGUUUUCUUGAUCUCAUGACUCAUUUAGCUUGUUUUCUUGGGAUAACAAUGCUAGUUUUCCCGUGAUAAUGAGUUAAGCUCGUGAGAUCUCAAGAAAACGACUGAAAUGUUCUCGUUAUAAAUAAAAAAGUAAAAUAAAAUGUGAGAACGCAUAUCCGCUUAGGGCUCCCGUAGUAAAGUCAAAGUAGUUGUAGACAUACAUUUCUGUUAAUUGUUGCCUGAAUUUUAGUUUGUCAGCAAUUGUGCUCAUCUCCUGAGAUCCCACGAGAACAUGUUGAGAGGUUAAGCUGCUGUAGGACACAUCAGCCUGAUGGAAACUCUACAAAGAACCUUUUUGGAACGUGAAUUAGAAACCCAGUAUAUUAACUUUAUUUCAUGUUGGUGGUUGAUUUCUCAGUGUUCCUCCUGUCCUGUCACAUCCCUGCUCAGCAGAACCAUGUGCUAGAAAUGAAUGAAUCUGUGAGCAAAACGGUUACUGGAUGAAAAAAAAAAAAAGAAAUACAAUAUUUUUCAAAGUCCACAGCAAUACGAAGACGUGACUUCAUGGCCAGUGUAGCUAUAAAAAAUCAAACCGUGGCUGAAGAGAGAUAUGACUGUUGCCAUUUAGCACAUCCCCCCUUUUCAUAUGUUCAUGCUAGAAGAUCUUAGAGGUGAUAUAUUUUAGGUCUGUAUGUUAGAUUUAAAAAGAUGAGUCCCACCGGUACAGUAGCAUCGUAAACUACAUAAAUACAGUAAAUAAAUUCAAGGAGGUUGUUUAUUCCUUUGCUGAGGCACAGAUGACAUUUCCACUGCCUUCUGACGGAAAAGAUGUGUACUUUUGUUUGUUUGUUUGUCUCUUUGUUUGUUUAUGAGGAAAACUAAAAGAGUUUAAAAAAAAAAUGAAUU